CACCCAAACAACAAAGAGGAACAAGCAAGAAGGAGAAGGAGAGCGAAAAGGAGGCAGCCUGGCAACAACACCACUGAACACCAACAACUGGCAUGUCUUCGCAAGUUGUGGUCGUUGGCGCGUCCAACAUGGACCUGACCAGCUAUGUGCCAUCUCUGCCAAAGCCUGGUGAAACCCUGCACGGCCACUGCUUCAAGAAAGGGUUUGGCGGCAAGGGCGCCAACCAGUGCGUCAUGGCGGCCAAGCUCGGCGCAUCCACGGCAAUGGUGACCAAGGUUGGCAAGGACGUGUUUGGCAAGGAAACCAAGGACAACUACGAGCGGUAUGGCAUCAACACGGAGCACGUGCUGGAGGACGACGCAGAGUUUACGGGCGUCGCCCCAAUUGCCGUCGAUGACGCCGGGCAGAACAGCAUCAUCAUCGUGAACGGUGCAAACGACAAGCUGUCUGAGGCUGAUAUUGGCCGGGUAGAGGACUUGAUCGCACACGCAAAGGUUGUGAUUACACAGUACGAGAUUCGCCCAGAGACCACGCUCGCGGCGCUGCGACUUGCAAACAAACACGGCGUGUUCAGCAUCUUCAACCUUGCCCCCGCAAAGGCCGAGAUUGCUAGCGAGCUGUUCACGCUUCCCGACAUUUUCUGCGUCAACGAAACGGAGGCAGCGAUGGUCACGGGUGUCGAUGUCCAAACCGUCCAGGACGCUGAAGCCGCUGCCCGUGCUCUGCAGGACAAACACAACGCAAAAUGCAUCAUCAUCACCCUCGGGCCCCAAGGCACAUAUGUGCUGCCGAAACCCGGCGACGGCGACCCGUUCCACAUGCCGGCAACGAAAGUCACUGCCGUGGACACGUCUGGUGCCGGCGAUGCGUUCAUCGGCGCUCUUGGGUACUUCCUGGCGACAGACCCGUCGCUGCCGCUGCGAACGGCGGUGGCCAAAGCCGGUGCCAUUGCGACUGUCUCCGUGCAGCAGCAGGGCACGCAGAGCAGCUACCCCGACGCAAGCGUCCUCGCCUCCCUCCAUACAGAAUAAAGAGUAAACGCAACGCUGCGAGGCCGUAACUUCACAGAACAUGGGGU